GUUCAUAAAGAUACCAUGGGGAAGAAGAAAAUAGGAGCAGUACGUUUGACUUGAGGUCCCACACCCUCUUGGUCUUUCAGUGUCCAGGGAGGUACGAUUUCUCAGCUGACAUCAUGAAUGGUAAUGGAUUGAAUUGUGGGUUUGAGACAUGCAAAAGUUCCUUCCCCACCCAGCUGCUAGAGUGACUGUCCAGUUGACGUCAGAAUUUUUUUAACUUCAUCUCCUGGCACUGGGACGUUAUAUUUAUAACAGCACUAGGAGCAGUGGAACUGGAAUAGGCGUGCCCAUCUCCCUCAUCCCCCUUUUUUUCUUCAUUUGCUUUAAAGCUCCCCUUAGGACUGUGUGAGAACAAUUUUACAGCUUGUCUCCUCUGGGAGAGGGAAAAAAAACUGACAGGAGUGGAGAUUAUUUGCUGACUGGAACCGGACAGGUAUUUCCUUGCUUUAGCCUCUGCCACUGAAGAAGUCUCCUCUCCUAGUUUUGAACAAGAACACAUUCAAGGUCUCCUUUCAAGACAAGCCAUCCUCUAGAGAGCCUGAGGCUCCAUGGCGAACACAACACCCCCGGCAGGCUGUGGCGACAUAAACAGUGAUUAUUACUUGCUCUGUAACACUAAUGAGGAUUGGGGCAUUGUCGUCGAGUCCCUGGCUGCAGCUGGUAUUGUCACCACAGUCAUCCUCUUGCUAGUGCUUCUUUUUAGUAUCUGUAAAGUCCAAGAUAGUACGAAACGAAGCCUGAUCCCCACCCAGUUCCUCUUCCUUCUGGGCACUCUUGGCAUCUUUGGUCUCAUCUUUGCCUUCAUCAUCAAGCUCAAUGAAACAACGGCCCCCACCCGCUUCUUCCUUUUUGGGGUCCUUUUUGCCCUCUGCUUUGCCUGCCUCCUUGCCCAUGCCUUUGACCUCAUCAAGCUGGUACGAGGAAGAAAACCAUUUGCAGGCUGGGCUUUGCUGGUGAUCACUAUCAGCUUGACCACUGUGCAACUUAUUAUAGCCAUACAGUAUGUGGCCAUCAACAUUCAAGCACUAAGGGAUCUAAACGAGAAGAAGGAGCUGGAUGAACAAAGACGUAAAGACUUUGUUCUGCUUAUCAUCUAUGUCCUUUUCCUGAUGGCUCUCCUCUUAAUUGUUUCCAUGUUCGUUUUCUGUGGGUCGUACAAAAGAUGGAAGAGGCAUGGUGUGCACAUAUUCCUGACUGCCUUGGUCUCCACAUGCAUUUGGGUGGUUUGGAUCAGCAUGCUGAUGAAAGGCAACUUAGAGUUGAAAAAGCGGCCAGAAUGGGACGAUCCUGUCAUCAGUAUUGCUCUGCUUGUGAAUGGAUGGGUUUUCCUGAUUCUCUAUGCAAUUCCUGAACUCUGUUUCCUCACGGAUCCAGAGAAGCCUGGUGACUACCCACCAGAAAAUAAUUUCUGCCAGCCUAAACACAUGAAAAAAACCUAUGGCGUGGAGAACCAAGCGUAUGCUCAAGAAGAUAACACACAAGAUGGAAACAGAAAUCAGCCGUAUGUUCCUUAUUCUACUCAUUUCCAGCUGGAGAACCUGGAGCCCCAGCAAGAUUUCUCCAUUCCAAGGCCUAAAGCACGGCCCAGUCCUUACCAAGGAUACUCCGGAGGGAAAAAUUUCAAUUAACAACUUCACAAGGAACACAAGAAGAGCAAUAUUGAGUUGACUGAGGUGCUGGGAACCAUAACGGAUAUGGCAUUGCUUUAGUUUUUUUAUUUUAAAAAAACAGGGACCUAGUUCAGCACUACAGUGUAUGAAGGACAAUACUUUCAUAUUUCACCAGCUUACCCUUUUAUUUGUCUCUGCCCACACAGCACUUUAUGCUUCUAUGUUCAUUAACUUCCAUAGACCUUCUCAGACGUUCAAGAAAUACAAAAUUGCCCCAUUCCUUAUCACCACAUCCUUGCUAAUUGCCACCCAUGUCUACAAUUCUGGGGACAAGUCAGAAGUGAGGCUAUUGCUGUACAUAUAUAGCUCUCUGUCUGAUUAAUCAUUACAAUUGUACAAUAUUCUAAACCAUUUGUAGAAAUGGCACACAUAAAGCAUGCUAUCUGUUCCAGACAUCCCCCCACCGAUUGUGUGGGCAAUGAGAAGGAUGAUGCCAUUUUUCAAAGAUAGACUGGAUAAUGUGAAACCAGAGAGUGGCUUCCCCCCCUAAUGCGGCUGCAAUUGGUGGUUGUCCAAAUAAGGCUUGCACCGCUUCUUAGUUCUAUUGAAUUUAUUUACCCGAACAAUCUUGUUUUCUUCAUAAUGCGUCACAAGCAGGAAAAAGACAUUCAACCCAUUUGUGGUGGUUUACUCCCCAAAUGACUAAUCUGUCUUUGACCGGACAAUACCUGAACUGUCUGCAUUAACUUGCAAGUGUUUUUCCUCUUUGCCUUCUGAAGCACUGGAAUCAGCAAGAAUAUUCAAUAUAAAGCACUUUGUGGUUUUCUGACCAUUCUAGCAUAUUAGAAUCAAGAGUACUUUUGGCUCAGUUUUAAUUUAAGUAUUGUGUUCUUUCUUUCUUCAUAAACUCUGGUCAACUGUCCAUGAAGGAUUUAGAUAUGUCUCCAUUGAUUGAUACUAAAGCUGUAAUGAAAACGAUGCUUUGCAGUUCCUUACUUCUAACAAUCAGUCAGUGCUUGUAGAUGUUGGAGGAACAGAUGAUCAUACCUGAUGGAGUUUUCUAUGGUCAAGAAGACAAUGACUGGACCUGCUCCUGGAGAAAAAAAUCUACUCACAAACCCCUUGGGUUCCGGUCGUUAAUAGUAGCACUAACCACUCUGGUAUUUAUUUAUGCAUUUCUUAACAUAAAUGGCCAAAAUAAUUGUUUAUUGGAGGAAAACAUGAGAUGAACAGAGUGAAAAUCAUAACCUAUGAUAUGAAAUUCUAUUGAGACAUUUUUUAAUCGUGUUAGAAGCGACUUGAGAACACACUGCAAGUUGCUUCUGGUGUGAAAUAAUUGGUCGUCUACAGAGACGUUGCCCAGGGGACGAUUGGAUGUGUUAUCAUCCUGCUGGGAAGUUUCUCUCAUGUCCCCGCAAGCUCGGGCUGACAGACAAGAGUUCACCCCAUUUCACGGAUUCAAACCAGCAAUCUUCAGGUCAGCAGCCCAACCUUCAGAUCAGCAGUUCAGCCGGCAUAAGGGUUUAAACCACUGCGCUAUUGCAGCUGCUUAUUGAGGUAUUGAACUGUGAGGUUUCAAUUUUACCAUCAUUAACUGAAUAAUGUGGUGGGACAACAAGUUUUAGUUAGGAAGAGAAAUUAGGGGUGUGUGAUGAUGUGGGUGGGUGGGAGAAAUGUAGUGGAAGCCUCAUAUUUUCCAGUCUGAUACUUACUGGAGACUGAACUUCAAUAAACUCAGUGGAAUUUUCUUCUGAUCAGAUACAUAUGAUAUUGCACUGUUUAAAAUUUCCCCAACUCUCAUUAAAUUUCAGGAUAUACUCUAGCUGGGAAAUAAUACAUGGCAACAAAUACUUUAUCCCUUUUGCAAACUCUUCCAGAAUGUAAGUUCAGACAUUAGAGAAAAGGAAAAUAUGAGGUUACGUUCAUUUCUAUCUCAUUGUUUUUCAUGGAAGAGUUAAGCUUGUGCUUAUAUUUAUCCCAGUGAAAUUUGUUGAAACACAAUUUCAAAGUGGAUGGAAUUCUCUCAUCCAAACAUGAGAAAGGUUCUGUUUAUGUGCUUGUAACUAUAUUAUAUUAUUAUUUGUUUAUUUCACAUACUACACUGAACACAAUGGUUAUCAUUUAAUAAAUAACUAUAUAUAAUUUGUAA